AAGAUACGGGAUAUAUGUAUGUAUAAUGUUGAGAAAAAUUUCAUUACGAGAAAUUAAAUGGUUUCGAGUGAUGCAUCACGCGGUGCACCUGUCUUUUCCUGCAUCCAUCUAGAAGCUAGGAUUACCGAUGUCCGCCGCGGCGGCGACAGAGUCAACAUCCGGCGACGCAGAGAUGCGCACGUUUCGGCGCUCGCCGAGGGAAAAGGGACGCCGCGAUCGUGACUUCGAGACAUGAGAGCGACGAUGAAGCCCGCCAGCAUACACAGCAGCACCUGAGGAGCACGCUCGCUUCCAGUAGUACAUCCAACAAGGAAUUCGGCCGGUUCACUUGGGAUUUACGUAGGUGAGAAGAGAAUCAUUCGUUUAAUAAUUUUUGGUGAGAAUAUACUAUCAUUGGUACUAAGAGUAUUUCUCUUUUGUGCGUCUUAUCCAAAGAGGUUCUCGACGUCCGUAAUCAAGGGCACGAGAGCCAUGUCAUCAGGCGCAGGUUCCAGUGGAACUGGCCGGGGGCGUGGUUCGUCAUUGGCAGACAAUAAGCCAGAGAGCAAGGAAGCGAAGCCUAAUCCAAAGAUGUCGAAAGCUUUAGGAACAUCCGCCAAAAGGAUACAAAAAGAAUUGGCAGAAAUCACAUUAGAUCCACCACCAAAUUGCAGUGCAGGACCUAAAGGAGACAAUUUAUAUGAAUGGGUAUCAACAAUACUUGGACCUCCUGGUUCAGUUUAUGAGGGAGGAGUAUUUUUCUUAGACAUACAUUUUUCCCCAGAGUAUCCAUUUAAACCUCCAAAGGUUACAUUCCGAACACGCAUCUAUCAUUGUAAUAUCAACAGUCAGGGUGUAAUUUGUUUGGACAUUUUAAAGGAUAAUUGGUCUCCCGCGCUAACCAUUUCAAAAGUACUAUUAUCUAUCUGUUCUCUCUUAACAGACUGUAAUCCAGCGGAUCCUUUAGUAGGAAGUAUAGCAACGCAGUAUCUACAAAAUAGAGAAGAGCAUGAUCGCAUAGCACGACUUUGGACUAAGCGUUAUGCCACAUGAAUGACAUUGAAUAAAGCUGAUCUCCUUGUUCUUUCAAAGCGAACUUAAGGGAGCCCUUUCGACUAUGCUAAAGUUUUGAUUAUUCGGAUUGAUCAGUCAUUUUUAAUAAAUUAAUGAAAAUAAUCAAAUUUUCUCGAUUAAUCGAACGUUAUUUGUAAGAUUAAAUUGCCUUAAUGUAGUGGUACUUUUCUUUAAACUAUAUUUUAAUUAAAAUUAUUUGUCCGUGUAAACAGUGAUUAUUUUACAGACAUUGUUUCGCUAGUCGGCAUUAGAUAUAGCCGCAUUAAAGGGAAGUCACCCCUCACAUUAAAAAAUGCUUCACAGCUGGUAAAAAUGUUCGGUUAUUCGAAAAAAUGUAUCGAAAUGUACUUGUUAAUCAUGAUUUCUGUUUAUAUUUAAAUUAUACUUUUUAAUAAAUCCCAUUAAUGAUUAUAAGUGAUCAUUCGAAUAAUCAUCAAUUCAGGUUCUCUGCACCUUCGAAAACUUAUCGUAUGUAUAUGUAUAUCUAUCGAAGGAUUGCUUUAAAUGAAAGACUCUUUAAGAUCGUCCAUACGAUCAUUGUGAUGUGCUUUUAUAUCGAGUAUGUAAAUGUGCCUAAGAUGAAUGAAUGUGCGUGCAUGUGCCACCUUACUACUCUCGUUUUCACCCUACAGCUCUUAAAACGUGUUUAUAUCUUCCAAAACGUAUUCUUGUGAAUACUAUUGACUAAUGAUGCCAUAAAAAUGUACAUCUAGCCUUAAUAUUUAGUCUCGAUUCAUUUUUUCUAUUACAUGUACUGAUCUUCAUGCAAAUAUCCAUUUUUUUUUUUUUUAUUUAUAAUAAAUUGUUCGUAUGAAAAAUAUUUACAUCAAUUAGAUUCGAAACUUUUAUAGUAGCAUUACAAAUUCUUUUAACCAAUAAACUUUUACAAAAUAUGUUUGGUACUGAUAUUAGUAAUUGGUACCAAUGUAAUAUAUUAAAUUCAACAGAAAGUAUUCUUUUCUAUUGUAAAGCAUAGAUCUAUGAUAAAUUUUUCUUUUAAAUUAUACAAGAUUUUUUAAAUAUAAAAGUUAUUGUACAAUGUCUUCCAGAAUUAGAAGCGAUUUACUUUUCAAGGUAAAGAAAUAGAUUGGUAUUAUGAAUUUCUGUAAUAUGUAAGUACACAUUUUCAUAAUUAUAAUAAAGAGAACUUUUAGUUUUUUAAACUUUCUUAAAAGUAUGGCACAGGGGUGAAAAAGUGAAAGUGAGGGCUUCUUUAUCUUUUUCUUGUUUUCUCUGUUCCUUUCGUUUAUUUGCUCGUUUUAAAAAUUUGCGAUGAGAUAGUAUUUAAAGUGGUAUGCCCAUUGAGAGUAUCGAAUAAUAUUGAUAGGUUAAGCAAUAUUAUGAACAAUACAAAUAAUCUGACCUGUAAGUAAUUAGGCUGAUAGUUAUCAUAAGGGUCCCUUUAAAACGUUGCUUGCAUUCUUUACAUAAUUUCCAUAUAAAGUGUGAUUAAUCGCAUUACGUAAAGUUAUUUGAUCGAAAUUAAUUUUCAUUUAAACACAUUUCAUUCCACCGAAUUAACAAAGAUUAUAGUAUUAUUUAGAGAUUUUUUACGUAGUUUUUAAUCUAUUUGAUUAUACCUAUUUGGUAAUUGAUUAUGAAUAUGAAUAUGAAACAAAUAAUAACUAUGAAAACUAAAUUAACUUUGAUAAAUCUGUUAAAAAUUGUAUAGCAAUCAAUAUGCUUUUCAAGAUUGUUUUAAUCGGGCCCAUAAAACUUAAAUCGCUGUAACUGUAAAUAAACAUAAUUUUCUCUGUGUUAACGAUAAAGAGUCACGGUCCGUGGUUUCCAUAAAAUUUGUAUUGAUUACAUCAACAAAUAAUUCAAAAAGUAACACCGUUGUACAAUUUUUUUAUAUGAGAUUGAAGAUGAACGAAGUAUUCAAGUUAUAGAACUCAAAUACAUUUUAUACCGAUUAAUUAUUAAUUUUACUAAAAGAUAUAUUAACGUAUAUAAAAAUUGUUCAGCUAUUAAUAUCAUCAUAGCCUCUACCACAAAUGAAAUUAAUAAUAACAAAAGACAAAAAUUUUAAAGUUUCUAGAACGAACUGAGCAUUCACUGUCUUAAUUAGUUAUUUCAUUCAUUAAUUAUUGUACAGUUUACGUCGUACAAAGGGAUUUUGUUUUUAUAUUUCAUUGAAAUUACUGUCGAGAUUCUUGUAAAUAUAUUCUGUGCGGUUCUUGAUAAAAUGAUCUUUUGGACCCCUGAAAUUGUAUAUAGAUCGUACGUAGAAAUUUGCUCUUUUGUAAUUAAAUGUUAAAAAAAAGUAAAAACAUUUUUUAUGAAGCGUGUUUCAUCAUACGAAUUAUGUAAAGGAGAUUGUUUAAACGAUUCUUUGAGUCAUUUGAAGACUCGCGUAAGAAGAAGGUUUCAAUAAUUUCCGAAAUGUGCUAAAUUUAAACAGCUUUUUAUAACUCGUAUAAAGUAAGAGUGCGAUAGAAGAAUUUAGAGAAUAUAUAAGUAGUCAAUAAUAACUGAUGUUUCUAAGGUAAUAUUAUGGCACAAAAGAUCGUUUAAACGGAUUCCUGUUCUAUUUUUUCUUGUGAAUUUCUUUUACUUUCUUUUCAACAUAUAGUUGUAAGACGCUACAAGAGAGCAUCCUAUAUGAUUAAUAAAUGUUAGUCUGCUAAUCUUAGAGUGAAUAUAGAACAAAAUAAAAGAAGAAAAUCUGGUCGUAUAGAA